AUGGAGGGUAGCGAGGUCAACAAGGCGCCCAGCGCUCAACACGAAGAACAAGAUGCCUCGAUCAGCAAGAAUCGGCCGGUCAGCAGAGGUGCCGAUACCGCGGCGCAGAUGAUUGGCGGUCGUCAGGUUGUGGUGACCGAUGAAGAUAACAAACGCAUCCGCAGAUUGACCGACAAGAGGAUCCUGACGAUCCUCAUCUGGAUUUACUUCCUCCAGAUCCUGGACAAGAGCGUGCUCGGGUACGGGGCCAUCUUUGGGAUGCGCGAGGACUGCAACCUGACGGGCGACCAGUACUCGCUGGUGUCGUCCAUCUCGGCCAUCGUGCAGCUGGCGUGGCAGCCGUUCUCGUCGUGGCUGAUCGUCAAGGUGCCGCACCGGAUCCUGAUGCCGUCGCUCGUGUUCGGCUGGGGCGUGGCGCAGACGUUCAUGGCGCUGUGCCACGACUACCACGGGCUCAUGGCCACGCGGGCGCUGCUGGGGCUGUUCGAGGCCGGCUGCCUCCCGCUCUUCUCCAUCAUCACCAGCCAGUGGUACCGGCGCGCGGAGCAGCCGAUGCGGGUGGCGUGCUGGUACGGCACCAACGGGCUCUCGACCAUGUUCGCGGCGGCCGUGUCGUACGGCCUGGGCCAGAUCAGCGGCAGCAUCCACAGCUGGCAGAUCCUCUUCAUCUUCGUCGGGCUCAUGACGGUGGUGUCGGCGCCCGUGUGCUUCUGGUUCCUCGACAACGACAUCCCGUCGGCGCGGUUCCUGGACGACGAGGACAAGCUCAAGGCCAUCGAGCGCCUGCGCGCCAACCAGACCGGCACCGGCAGCCGCGAGUUCAAGAUGUCGCACGUCUGGGAGGCGCUGACCGAGCCCAAGACGUGGCUCUUCUUCGGCCUGGCCAUGUGCGUCAACACCACGGCGGCCGUCACCAACACCUUUGGCCCCAUCGUGGUCGCCGGCUUCGGCUUCGACAAGUACCGCGCGUCGCUGCUCAACAUCCCCUUUGGCGCCGUGCAGCUGCUCGUCAUCUUCCCGUCGUCCUGGGCCGCCCACCGCUACCGCGUCAAGUCCUUCUUCCUGGCCCUCAUCAUGCUGCCCGUGCUGGCGGGGUCCAUCAUGCUGUACGUGCUGGACCGCGGCACCGUCGCCCCGCUGCUGACGGCCUACUACUUCCUCGCCUUCGUCUUCGGCGGCAACCCGCUGAUCGUGUCGUGGAUGAUCUCCAACACGGGCGGCACCACCAAGAAGUCGGUCAUCAUGUCGCUGUACAACGCCGGCAGCUCCGCCGGCAACAUCAUCGGGCCCUUGCUGUUCAACCAGGUCGACGCCCCUUACUACCACUCGGGCCUGACCAAAGUCAUGGGCAUCACGUGCGCCCUCGUCGCCGUCAUCGGCCUCCAGACCGCCAACCUCGUCUUCCUGAACAAGCUGCAGGAGAAGAGGAGGGUCGCCAACGGCAAGCCGAGGAAGAUCAAGGACCUGUCCAUGCAGCACCACUACUCGCACGCCGCCGAGGCCGAGCAGCAGGAGGAGGAGGAGGAGGAGGCUGGCGGCGGCGGCGGCGGCGGCGAGAACCACGUCAGGCUCGGCGAGAAUGCCUUUAUGGAUCUGACCGACAGGCAGAACGACGAGUUUGUGUACGUGUACUAG